ACCUAAUCUCAAUAUCUUCACCCAAGGACAAAUCCUAAUCAUACUCCCAAACAUAUUUUCCCUCUCCUAAUCAAACUAUUAACAAACAAUUAAUUAAGCUAUGAAAAUAUAAAUAUCUUAUAUAAACAUAAAAAUAUCUCCCACUUCUUCCACUCUCACAACUCUCUCUCCCUCAGACGUGGUGAGAGCGUGAGAGAAUCAAUCCUUCCUCACUUUAAUUCAUCGGAGAUAGUUCGAGGAGAGGAAAACCACCUAAUCAUGGCGCCGCCGGCAAUCGCAGAAGGCGGUGGAGGCGGAGUGCAGCAACCGCAACAACGCCAAGGUUUUGGCCAAUCGAUCUCCGGAGUUAUUAGAAUGGCAGUUUUUUGGUAUUUCGCGUCCAAGUUCUUCUUUUCCCCUAAAAAAACCGCUGACCCUGCUCUUCUUAUGAACAAUCUCUUCCAGAAGGGAGAACCUCUGGAUAUGUGGUUUUAUCUUUCUGAACAUGACAAAUUCAGAGAUUUCGGGAACGAACAAGCGCUUGUGUGGCAUGAGACUAACAUCCCUUAUGCAGUAUGGAAACCCGAGAGCACCAGGGCCAUAUCCUUAAAAUAUCACCCUUCUGAGGAUUUAAAGCAUAAUGGGACUCUUUAUGCACAUGUAUUCUUUGCUCGAUCCGGAUAUUCACCGGAUCCAAAUAAUCCAGAAUACCAGCCUUUGGCUGCCUUUGGUAGAACCAAGCCUGUUGUGACAUUCUUGCCCAAGUCUAAAGUUGACAAAAGGAAAUCCCUUUUGGGAGACACCAAAAGUUCCUCUGAGGACAAAACAACGUCAAAGGUUGAAGAAGAUCCACAGGCAGAUCCUAUAGAUGAAGGUCCCGCUGAAUGGAUUUCUUACUGGAAACCCAACAUGACAAUCAAUUUGGUAGAUGAUUUCACUAGGUAUGCUGCAAGUGCUGUUCCUGCAAAUGUUGUUCCUCAUCUGAAUGUUGAGCCCAAAACAGGGAAUUAUUUCCCAACCGUAUUCUUCAAUGAGUUUUGGCUACUUAAAGAUAAGUUGAUACCGUUAAAUGAGACGGUGACUGAAGUUCCGUUGCAUUUGGAGGUAGCCCCUAUGAGUAUGACCAAGUGGCAGCUGUUCCUGCAGAUCGAAGAGUCCUUCCAGGUUCAUCGCUCUUAUGGAAGUAUGCUUGAAGGCGAGGCUGAUGAGCUUAAGAGGGUGUUCUUGGAAGGGAAUCCUUACCUUCUUGUAAUCACAAUGACGGUCUCACUUUUCCAUUCUUUAUUUGACUUUUUGGCCUUCAAAAAUGAUAUUCAAUUCUGGAACAAGAACAAGUCAAUGGAGGGUUUAUCAGCCAAGUCGGUUGUUGUUAGUUUUAUCUCUCAGCUGAUUGUGUUCCUCUAUCUCCUGGAUAAUGACACUUCAUGGAUGAUUCUUGCAAGUUCUGGAGUUGGUUGCUGCAUCGAGUUUUGGAAAAUAGGGAAAGCGAUGCACAUUGAGGUGGACAGAUCUGGCAAGAUUCCUUUACUAAGGUUUAAAGAUCGUGAUUCUUAUAAGAUGAACAAGACAAAGGAGUACGAUGACAUAGCAAUGAAAUAUCUGUCAUAUCUACUGUUUUUCCUUGUUGUGUGCUCCUCUAUUUACUCCUUGAAGUAUGAACGCCACAAGAGUUGGUACUCGUGGAUUCUUUCUUCGAUGACACAGUGUGUAUACAUGUUUGGUUUCAUUAUGAUGUGUCCCCAGCUAUUUAUAAACUACAAGCUGCAGUCUGUGGCUCACAUGCCCUGGCGUCAAAUGACAUACAAGUUUUUGAACACCAUUAUUGACGAUCUCUUUGCCUUUGUAAUCAAGAUGCCCACACUUCACCGGCUUUCAGUUUUCCGUGAUGAUAUCAUAUUUUUGAUAUAUGUUUAUCAAAGAUGGAAAUACCCAGUUGACAAAAAGCGGGUGAAUGAGUUUGGUUUUGGCGGUGAGGACGACAGUCAGUCUUCCGAGGCCAUUGAAGGAACAAAGAAGGACGAGGGUCAGUCUUCCGGGGCCAUUGAAGCAACAGACAAGGCCCAGAAGAAAACCAACUGAUCAGUGAUCACCGUCUUUUAUCAGUUUUGGGAAUCUGUAUAACAUCCUUUCUUUGUUUUUGAAACUGUAAAGGUCCAGUUAGAAUGAAUUAUUGCCACUUCAGUUUUUUCUUUUUCUUUCCCCUAAUAAUUUUGCUUCAUUUACUGCUAAUUUUAUUUAAUUAUUUUUAGUCAGUUUUUUUAUAGCUAGAAAUAGCAUAAGAAUAGAAUGUUCUCUUUCUUAGAAAUUAAGGAGAUGAACUAUUGUUUUUCUAGUGAAUUUAAUCAAUUGCUUUUGGAAAUUUUGACACUAAUGAGAAUUUUGAAUGCAUAAGUACA